AUGUUCCCCUACGUAGUGGGAGGCAUUGCAUUCCUGCUCUUCUUUUACAACCCAUUAGUGGAAUAUUUCUCCAAUCAGCCCCAGACACUUCCGCGGACACCUCGCCCUCCCAUUAAUGAAUCCCUCCUCGCCAUUGACGCCGCCAAUGAGACGGCGCCAAACUGUCCCCCAGCUACGCACUCAGUCCACAUUCUCUCGAAGGCACCACUGGUGAUUUACAUAGAGAACUUCAUAUCCCCUGAAGAGCGCGAUAUUCUCCUCGACAUCAGUCCACCCACACGACUAACACCGCUAAACAGCGAUCCCCUGUUCGAGUCGUCAACCAUCACCGACGACGGCGAGUCCACACACCGCAACACCGCAAUCCGUGACUCUGAAAUAGCCGUGCUCCCGCGCACCGAGCUAGUCCGCUGCAUCGAGCGUCGCGCCCUCGCCUUCCAGGGUUUCAGAGAAGACCUUUGGGUUGAACGGCUACGCACUCAGAGGUACGUAGCUGGUGGUCAUUAUUCGCACCACUUUGACUGGGGAUCUGGGGCUAGGGGCUGGGGUAGGCUAAGUACGUUCAUGGUCUGGGCAGCUAGCGAAGGCGUCGAGGGUGGGGGGACGGAGUUCCCGCUGCUUAGGAGGCGAGAUGAGAAGGGGGAUUGGUGUGGGUGGGUUGAGUGUCCGGAGCUUGGGGGUAAGGAGGGGGAGGAGCAGGGUGAGUUGGCUGAAGGGGAGAGGGUACUGGGGGUGACGUUUAUGCCUGUGGCUGGCAACGCAGUGUUCUGGGAGAAUUUCAGGCCUGAUGGGACGGGGAGAGGGUGGGAGGAGACAUGGCAUGCGGGAUUACCGGUGAGGAAGGGUGUUAAGGUCGGACUGAAUAUUUGGAGCUGGGGACGGCUUGAUUAG